UCGGGAGAGUUAAAAAAGGUUCACCAUAUUUGUUGAAAUAUAAAAUAAAAAUAUCAGAAAAAACUUUUGGGGAAAUUUAGAAAGUGAUUAUUUAAUUUAGAAUAAAAAAACGUAAUCCAUAGUAUUUUAUACAAAAUAUAAUUUGUGAAUUUAAUCCUUUGGAAGGAUAUAAAAAUGAGUUCACAGCCAAGUCCAUUAACAACAAUGUCACACGCAAAUGACAACGCACAGGUAUUACAAUGGAUAAAUGAAUUAGCUCAUCCUGAUACUAGAGAAACGGCAUUGCUGGAAUUAAGUAAAAAAAGAGAAAGUGUUCCUGACCUUGCUCCAAUGUUGUGGAACAGUUUUGGUACAACAGCAGCUUUACUACAAGAAAUUAUUAAUAUAUAUCCAUCAAUUACACCUGCCACACUAAUUGCGCAUCAAUCCAAUAGGGUGUGUAACGCAUUAGCAUUGCUUCAAUGUGUUGCAUCACAUCCUGAAACACGUACAGCAUUUUUAAAUGCUCAAAUUCCGUUAUUUCUCUACCCUUUUCUUCAUACUACUUCAAAAACUCGACCAUUCGAAUAUCUUCGUUUAACUAGCUUGGGAGUAAUUGGUGCGCUUGUAAAGACUGAUGAACAAGAAGUGAUAACGUUUCUUUUGAGUACUGAGAUUAUACCAUUAUGUUUAAGAAUUAUGGAAUCUGGAUCUGAGUUAAGUAAAACUGUUGCAACAUUUAUUUUACAAAAAAUUUUGCUAGAUGAUAGCGGCUUAUCAUAUAUUUGCCAAACGUAUGAAAGAUUUUCUCAUGUUGCCAUUAUUUUGGGAAAAAUGGUAAUACAAUUGGCUAAAGAACCUUCGGCAAGGCUACUAAAACAUAUUGUACGUUGUUAUUUGAGGCUUUCUGAUAAUCCAAGAGCAAGAGAAGCACUUAGGCAAUGCUUACCCGAUCAAUUACGCGAUGCCACUUUUGUAUCCUGUCUUCAAGACGAUAAAGCAACAAAGCAUUGGUUAACGUUAUUGAUUAAAAAUCUGGAUAUCGUUGGAGGUCAACCUAAUGACCCUCGUCAAAUGGGUAUGUCACCUUUAACGUCAUAAGAAUGGUAUGGUUCUACCUUCUAUGCAAUCCCGUGAUAAAUCCAUUACAAAUAAAAAAAUACAUAUAGAUUAACAAAACGAGACUGGUCAAUAAUUGAACAAAAUUUAAUAAAUAUUAAAAAGUACCUAAUUGAUAACAACAGAAAAUUAUUAAAAAAUUUGUAGAAUCUAUAGAAUUAUAAUAAAAAUGCUUUUAUUAUCUUGAAUUACAUAUUGAUAAAAGUAGGUUUAGAAAAAUGAACCAUUAAAAAAUAAUGUAUUAAUAUUUAUAUUUAAUAAGAAUCUUUGUUUGAAUUAUGAAAUUUAUUAUUCUAUAA